AUGCCCGUUAAUCUUCAACCUUCUACUGGUACUACCGGUAAUCUCAAGAAAGAGAGAUCAAGAGAAGGCUCAAGAAGAAUGACGACCAAUUCGCGACCUCCCCUAUCCCAUCGAAUACGGGCAUCAUUUGAAGGAAAGAAAUCUCAAGAUUCAACCACUACUAAACAUGCGAGCUUUUCUGGAGGCAGCCCAACAGAUCCGGAAGUCCUUCGACAGGCAAUUGAUCAAGCUAUCUCCGGAGAUGCCUUCCAGGCUGGACUUGCUUCUCAUAUAGCUAAACUGCUCAAGCCUGACAUCAAGGCGGCCCUCGAUACGAUUGAACCAAUAGUGAACGCGGUUUUACAACAUGAAAUAUUGUUGAAGAAGACCAAUGUUGGCAUGGACCAUGUCUUAUUGAGCCUGGAGUCAAUGGCAGAUCAAGAAGAAGCGGUAGAUUCAACCAAAGCAAGAUUUAGCACUCAUGGCGCUCUGACUUCGCAUCCUAUAUCUGAUGAUCCAAGAUCAGGAGAAUUACCACUGCCCAUAUCACAUAUUUCGACGCCUGGCACUGGUACACCACGUUCCUUUUCCAAUCAAAAAACAAGGCCUCUGCCCAGUCGAAGUGGUACAUUUACAGCUGGAAAACUAUCUGAAAUAUCGGACACGUUGGACUCCAAUAACAAUAAACUAGGGAAGUUAAUGGAUGGAAUUACGAAAAUAAAUAAUUUGUUGAUAUCAGACGAACGCUUGGAUGGUUUGAAAGAAAGCUUGGAGAAAAAUGACACCCAAACUUCGGUGAUGCAGACGCAAUUAGAUCAAUUGCAGGAAAAUGUCAGGGUGAUCAUUACACGAAUCGGUACGGAUCUAGGAACUAAUGUAAAAGCGAUAAAUGACCAAUUGGCCGGGGUAACCACCAAACUUGAGACAGCGGCCGUAUCUCAUGAUGCUGGGGGUGAUGCUGAGGUUCUUCAAGAAAUAUCUGCUACACUGGAGGUCUUAAACGGAAACUUGGAUUCAGGCUCCUCUUCAAAUAAUGUCAAUUUGGGAUUGCUGAAAGAAGAAAUUACGACUCUGCAGUCAACACUUGAUUCCCAGAAGGAGAUAUUAUUGGAGAUCAAGGAAGUUAAUAACAAUGCCAUGAUUUUGGCAGGUAUAGAGAAAUCGAAUGAGUCGCAUGAGGCGCAUAUCGCGAUUUUAGGAGAGCUUAAGCAGAGGAAUAUUCAGCUUAUGGAUAUGCCAAAUCAACCAGUCCUCACAUCAGCAGACACGGAAACACUUCAAACCAUCUUGAAAGAAGUGCAGAAAUCCAAUGAGGCUCAUGAGAAGCACACGGCUGCGCUAGAGAGCAUUAAAAGUUCCGACACGAAUACAACCAUCUUGGCAGAACUUCAAAAGUCAAACGACUCACAUCUAGCUCAUGCAUCUGCGCUGGAAGGUCUCAAGACUUCGUUUACUCAACCAUCGGAACCAACCACCUCCAUCGAUCUAGAAGGUCUAGAAACAAAAAUGGAUAGUCUAAUCGAGACAAACACAUCAAUUCUAACAGAAGUCCAAAAAUCAACUGAGUCACAUGUUUCUCACGCAGCUGCGUUGGAAAACAUAAAAGUUCUACCAAUCCCGCCUCCUGAACCUAUACCCGCGGGUGAAAGUGUUGUGGAAAUUGUAGAAAAGAACACGGGAUAUAUCAUUGAAAAGUUAAACAGCCAUGCCGCAAUUCUGGAUGAUAUUAAGCUCAACACGAAAGAUGCUACCGCGUCAACGGGAGUUACUGUUGAAUCUUUCAAUAAUCAAUUUGGUUCGAUGAGUAGUGUGUUGGAAACACAAAAGACGCUUUUGGAAGAAAUUAAAUCGAAGGAUAUUCCGGUUAUAGAUCUCACUCCGAUUAUUUCGAUGCUGGAAACUCAUGCUGUGAUUUUGGAGGAGAUUAGGGAUAAGGAAGGAGAAGGUAGUGCUGAUUUUAGUCCAGUUAUUUCAAUGCUGGAAUCUCAUGGUGCAAUCUUGGAGGAGAUUAAAACUAAGGGAGUAGGAGGUAGGGCUGAUUUUAGUCCAAUUACUUCGAUGUUGGAAGCUCAUGGUGCAACCUUGGAAGAGAUCAGGGCUAAGGAGGCAUAUAUUGUUGAUUUCAGUCCGAUUAUUUCUACUCUGGAAUCUCAUACCGCAACCUUGGAGGAGAUCAAGGCUAAGGAUGCAUAUGUCGUUGAUUUCAGUCCGAUCACUUCUACCUUGGAAUCUCAUGGUGCAGUUCUGCAUGAGAUUAAAUCGAAGGAUCUUCAAUCUAGCAAUUCACCAGUGGCAGUUGAUAUGGAAGCGUUUGAGACACACUUUAAUUCGAUCACCGGUACACUGGCAGCGCAUACCACAGCAUUGGAUGACAUUAAGUCCAAAAAUGGCUCGUCUGAAUCUGCUUUGCUUGUAGAUACUAACAUUAAGGCUCUAGACGAACACUUUGGUUCUAUGGCUAGCAUGCUAGAAGCAUAUACCGCAGCAUUAGACGAAAUCAAAUCGAAGGCUACUAGACUAGAGGAGCCCAACUCUGCAGCAUUUGAUGGCCAUUUCAACUCUCUGAUAAGCAAACUAGAGUCACAUACCGUUGUGUUGGAUGAGCUCAAAUCGAGAAAAAAUGAUUCAUCCCCGUCGUCAAUGCCUAGAGAAGAAAUUCCAAGACUCGAACUCUUUGAACCACAUAUUACGGCUAUCAAGAGUGCUCUGAAUGCUCACAGGAUUGUGCUUGAUGAUAUCAAGUCUGAGGCGCUUGCAAAAAAUGAUAUGGAUGCAAUGGUAGUGGAUAACAUCCUAGAACCACAUAUCAUGGUUAUCAAGAGCACAUUAAAUUCACAUACAGCUAUUUUGGAGGAGCUCAAAUCCAAUGCUUCUACUUCGGAAAUCGGCAACAGUUCUUUACCAAAAAUACUAGAAUCACUCGACAGUCACACGAAUUUACUUCAAGAAAUCAAGAACGCAGAUGUCAGCGAUGAAAUUUUGACGGCAUUACAUGAAUUGCAAGAAAGUAACUCUACAGCUUUUGAAACUCUUAGGGAAUCGGAUGUUAGUGAUGAGAUACUUACCGCAUUACAUACAUGUAAUGACUCUCAAGAGAAGUUGGAUCGAUCAUUAUUGGAACUUCAAACAGUGAUGAAUACUGCUGCUUCAUCUGAGCAAAAUAGAAAGAAAUCUAUCGAAGAGAGUGAGAUUCAAGCUCCAAUUGCUGCCGUGGAUUUGAGCGGAUUGGAAACCCAAAUUAACACGGUUAUUACGACACUCGAGAGCCAGAAUGUGGUUUUGAAGGAGAUUAGGGAUGUUACGAAUUCUGGUAUGGAAGUACAUAGCUCGCAUAAUGCGACCUUGGAUGAACUUAGAAAUGCGGCUAAUGCUUCCAAUGAUUCUCACACAACUCAUGCGGCAGUUCUUGGAGAAAUCAAGGAUUUAACCAGUAUGUCCAACGAAUCUCAUGGAGCCCAUUCUGCUACCCUUGCAGUGAUAAGAGAUGCAACAGCUGCUUUAAGUAGCGCACAUGCCGCGCAAAUCACCACUUUAGGGGAACUCCAGGAAGCAAUACACAAGUCUAAUAAAUCCCAUAAUACGCACAGCAGUACCCUAGGAGAAAUAAAAGAUGCAACUUCUAGCUCGAAUGAAGCACAUCUUACCCAUACAACUACUCUUGCUGAGCUUAAAGUAGCACUAAUUGACUCGAAUGCGUCUCAUGCUUCUCACACUGCGGUUCUAGCAGAUCUCAAAUCACAACUGUCUCCGGAUACUGCCGCUGAACCAAUGCCAGCACCAAUCCUCGAUACUAGCGGAUUACAUUCACAGCUUACGAAUAUUAUCACAACCCUGGAGUCACAGACUGCAAGCUUAGGAGAAAUUAAAGAUACUCAUAACUCUCACACAACAAUUCUAGGAGAAAUCAAAGACGCGACAACAGCAUCUAAUGAGUCACACAGUGCCCACAGAGCUCUCUUGAGCGAAAUCAAAGAUGCAACUGUCCAAGUCCAUGGCAUGAACGAGAUCUUAAUUACACAUACAGGUUUUUUGCAGGAUCUGAAAGAAGAAAGUGGAUUAAGACAUACAGAAAUAAGUGGUAAUGUUGAGGAAUUGAAGAAGAUAGUCGUGGAGAGUUCAAGUAAACAUGAAGAGAAUCUUUUGAAACAUGGGGAGUUAAUCAAAGAGCAUGGAGAUCUGGUCAGGGAGAAUCAUGACGGAUUGAAGGGUACGAUUGCUGGGCUUGCUUUGGGCGGUAUUGUGGGGGCUGGAGUUAUGAAGGCUGUGGAUGGUGAGGAGGGUAAGCUGGAUAAGGAUGAUAAGGUACCUGAAGAGGCUGAAGAAGCGAAGGGAAUUACUGAGGAAGAUAUGAUUCUUGAAGAAGAGAAGUCAAUGUUGGAAUCAGAAAUACCGGUAGCUGAAGAGUUAGCCCCUGAGCUUACAGAACAGCGAUUAGAUUCUCCCGUCGAAGAACAAGUGGUGACAGAAAUAGAAGCACAGCUAGAGCCAGAGAUCAUAAUUGAGGAGCAGAAGAGUAUCAAUGGCGACGAAGAUUUAUUGAAUCUGGAAAAAGAUGCAGAGGCUAUUUCAACAGAGCCCGCGGUUACGGAAGAUAAUACUGCUGCGCAUCCUGCGCUAGUAGAACAGGAAGUGGAACUAGAAGUUGCUGUCGAGAAAGAAGAACCUAUUGAAGAGCAGACUCACAUCCAAACAGAAUCUCCGGUACAAGAGGUAGAAGUCAAAAGGCAACUUCCAGCAGAAGAAUUGGAAUUAGCUACCGCGGACACUAAAGACAUAACACUAGCUCUUGAUUCGGACCAAGCUGAAGAGAAUUUACCUGCCCAGGAACUCGUUCCUGAAGAGAUACCUAGAUCAAUAGAAUCCGAGGUUCCAUCUGAAACUAGCCCAGAAAUUGACAUCUCAUCCAUAAAUAAGGAAGCUGAGGUUGAGAAAAAUGAGGAGAUUGGAGAUACCAUCGCAGAUACAAUCGAAGAACCACAUCUUGUCGAAGACACCUCUGCCGUGGAAAAAUUUGAAGUACAUGAACAAGAGCAAACGCCAGAAAAAGAUGGUGUCGCGGAAUCAUCUAAGGAUGAGCUGGAACCUGAAGAAAGACAUGUUGUUGAGGAGAUAUCUAGUGAGGAAGAGAUUAUUGCGGCGGGAAGGUCUGAGAAAGAGGUAGAUGGAGAGAGCAAGGCAAUUAAAGAACAAGUAGAGGAUGUUGUAGAUGGUGAUAACUUCCCUGUUGAUAAAAUAAUACCUGUUGCCGUGGAGGAAGAUAAGUCGACGGAAGGGGUAAUUCCGAGUAUUGAAGACGAAGAAGUACAUCUUGUCGAUGAAGAUAUCCCAGCCGAGGAAGCAAAGCCAGCGGAAAUUCUCGUCCCAGAAGUCGCAACAGGGAAUCCUCUCACCAAUCCAGAAGAAAUUGAUCAUUUGGAAACGAAAGAAAACCUUCCAGAACCCGAAGAAAUCGGCGUGUCGAGUUCAGAUGAAAACUCCAUGGACAAAAAAAAUGGUACAAAUCUCCAAGAUCUAGAAAUGGAGGCCUCGCCUCUGAUCCCCGAAUCAAGCCAUGGAGUUUCUGCAGAGCAUGUAGAAAUAUCUCCUCCGACUGGAGUAAUUAAACCAUGCAAUGAGGAGCAGAUUACAAAUGAAGAAGCGGAGAAGGAACAGGUGGUUGAGGAAGAACCGGUCGAAAGUAAAAUAGAGAUUCUGGAAACACAUGAUUUGGGAUCUAGUAAUGAGGAGGUUCGUACUGAGAGAUCUGAGAGCGUGACUGAGUUGCCUUUGGAGGAAUGCUCUUCGGAAUCAGUUGUCGAUCCAGAGAUACAUGUGGUAGAGUCGAGUGAUCAAGAUCAAAAUCCCAUCAAAAAUGACAUGAAGGUUUUGGAAACAGAGGAUUGCGAACCUAGCAAUAGGAAUGCUAGUAGCCAAAUUUCGGAGAACUCUGUCGAGCCAUUGCAGGAGGAAUGCAUAUCUGAGCUCCUCGUGGAAACUAAGACUUCUGCUCCUGAGUUGAAGGAUCAUGAUCAAACUCCCGUUGAAAGCGAGGAGACCGCUACGGAAAUUGACGGUAGCGAGCAUAUCAAGGAAGAGAUAUCUAGCGAUCCUAGCGAAACUGUUGGACACUUAGCAGAAACAAGCAUAUCAAAAGCAACCGGCGAAACCAAGUCACCCGUUUUGGAGCUGAAUAACCAAGGCUCUGUUCUCGUUGGAAAUGGAGGACUUCCCGUGGAAGUUAAUGUUAGUAAACUGGCUGUCAAAGAGCUAGAAGAUUCGGAAGAUAGAGCCUCCUUGAUUAGAGGCGAAGAAGGGGACUUGGAAACGGAUAGCCAGAGCCGUAGUAAUGAGUCUAUAUCGGCUGAAAUCACAGAAAGUGCUGUAGAACAGUCUGAACAGACUCCUGAUUUAGCCAUCGAAAACGAGAUCCACGUAUCGGAGUCAAGUGAUCAAGACCAAGUUCUUGUUGGGAACAAGGAAAAGUCUGCGGAAGCUGAGGAGGUCAGCGAAUCUGAUAUCACAGGAUGUGAAAAUUUGGAACAGAAACUGCCGCUGCGAGUCGGGGAGAGGGGAGCAUAUGAAAUGAAAAUGAAGGAUGCUCUUCAAGAUCCGGUAAAUGGGGAUGAAAUUUCUUCCAGUACUCCUGAAACAAGCGAAGAGGUCGAAGAUAUUGUUGAGGACGAGGAGCCUUCUCAAUCAACCGAAAGACUGGCCGCUGAAAUACCAAUCAAAGAAUUAGAUUCUGAGAACCAAUUUCCGGACUCCAACCAAGAAAAAAAUUACCUUGGAACAGCGACAGAUAAAUUAAUCCCUGAGCCAGAAGCCAAGGAUGAGAAGCUCAUAUACAUACCCGAGUUAAACAAAGAAAUCCAUUUUACGACCGACGACGAAGGUGAGGCUCCAUCAACAGAGGAACAGGUUAUUGAGACAUACAGCGGAGAGCCUGUCAUUGUUAAAGACCCAAUAUCUGAGCAUGCUAUCAAUGAAGACCCAGAAGAUGUCAGAGCUCGAGAGGAAAUCGCUGUUUUGAACGCGCAGAUGGCAACGAUCUUGGAUGAGGAGGCCGAGGUAAAGGAUAAUGCACUAAUCGUGGAAGAGGCCAAUGAAACUAUAGGCAAUAAUGUUCCAGCUCAAACUGAGAUAUUGACGGGAAAGGAACCGAAGGAAGCGAAGGGUGAACGUCAUGUCGAAGAACGUACCGAUCUUCCGAAGGUGCAGACGCCACUCCAGAGCCAGGAAAUUUUUGAAGAGCAAUCUGAGGACGAACUAGCAGAGAAGGGAGAGAAACAUGUGACUAGUGAACAACGUUCAAGCGAAUCCCAUGCGGAAGACAACCUUGAUGAUCUCGCUGCGACAUCAACUGACUUAGAGGAAGAUGGUUCCUUCAAAGGACCCAAAUUUGUCGCAAGCGAGGACACAAUCCUUACAAAUACCGAUGAAUUAGUUCAGGACGAGGAAAUUACUCCAGAAACCGACGAGAGUACCAACCAAGCACAAUCUGCAGAGGAUGAAAACCUACCUGAAAAAGAGUCUCUUGAGAUUCCUAUCGGACUUGAAGAAAGUACCCCCCAAAGUCUACCUCCUGUGGAGGAAUCUACAAGCGAGGCUAUGAAUGACGAAAAUUCGCCGCUUGAAGUUGAAUCUGUGUUCGGGGAGGAGCCGCAUGUGCUAGGUAGCGAAUUGGUAGCUGUUGAACUCCCCACCGAGACUGAACCGAAAGAUCCCCAAAGUGCAGAGUUAGGUGAUGGUAGUGGCUACCCAGCUAACAUUGAGGAAAAAAGGAGCCUAUCCGAUCAACACGAAUCAGAAAACGUGACAGGCGAAGAGUCGCGUGGGACGCAAUUCGAACCAUUACCUGCAAUGUUCGCGCAAGAUCGCGAAUUGAAGGAUUCUAAAAUGAAAGCGGUAUUCAAGAAUAGCACUGUACAAGGGGAUGUUGAAGGGGAGCUCAGUCCUGAAACAAAUCUGGACAUCGAGUGUGAAAAUGAGGAGAUGGCGGACGAAACUCCAUCUGUGGAGUACCUCGAGGUCAUUGAAGCUGAACUGAAAUCUGAAGAUAACUUGGGAGAUGCAUCUCUCCCGGAAGAAGAAGAGAGUGAACUUGUUCAUGAAUAUCUCGACGAUGCAAAAGAACCAGAGACUGAAGAGAAAACUCCAGAAAGUACAUCUGACAGGAUUGAUAGCAGCAAAACAGUUAAGGACAACCCAGAGGAAAACAGAGCCCAGGAACUGGAUGAUCUAGCUGAAGUUCAAUCACCUCAGUCCAGUCAUGAAGAUACUUUGUUCCUAAAUAGCAGCAUACACUCUGUUGUUUCAAGUGAACACAAAAUUGAUGCCACAAACGAGUCGAGUUCCAGAGGAAUGCUUACUAUUCCUAUAAAUGAGGGAAUAGUUGAAGAGGAUGUUCCUAUUGAGUCAAAGACGGUUCUGGGUCACCGGGGAACUAUUGCGGAAGUAAAAAAUGAUUACUCACCACAAGAGGAUACUUCCCGCGAUGAAUAUGUGAGCAAAUUUCUGCCCGGGAGCGAACCCCAAGCACAACCUAGCAUAGGUAACUUCUCCGAUGCAAUAGGAACACCUAGGGAUGAAGUCAUCUCUCUCGGAAAGAAAUCCCUUCCCAAGAAAGGAAAGUCCGUGACAGAGCCAACACAGGACCAAGCUUUUAAAGCAAAUCCAAGCUUUUCAGGCGAGCCACCCACAAUUUUGAAGGAUGAUAAGCAAAUCGAAGAUAUCACCUCCCUUAAACCUCAAGAUGAUGAGGCCGAGAGUCCUAUGCAGAGUUACAGACAAGAGGAAGAAUUUCCGAGUUAUGAGGGAUCUUUGGGCCUAGGUGCUUUCACAGGUGACUAUAUUGAUACCGAGCAACUGGGACGAAAGGUAGAGCCAGAAAAUAUGGAAAUUGAGGCAGCGCAGUACCCAACUCAACAAGCCAACUUUAGCAACCCUGAAUCUGUAUCUGAGCAAAGAUAUUCAGGCUACGAAGAAACUCCUCUUAAUGCACAAACUUUCUCCGACUAUGGGGAUGAAAAUGAGACAUUAGAGCCGGAGCCAGAGCCGGUGACUUCUGGAUUUUACUCGAGGCAUGCGCAUUCAGCUUAUGGGUCCAGCUUCGACAAAUUUUUAACAGAACAAAGAUAUCCAGACUUUGAAGAAACUCCUUUUGCUACGCACACUUCCUUCAAUCGCCAAUAUAACAGCGAUAAAUCAGUGCCAGAGGUAGAGCCGCAAACUACCCAUGAGAGCGCAUCUUAUCAGCACGAAAAUUACUCAAAGACCUAUGCAUUUCAAGAAGUUUUCGGUGACGACACCAAAGCUGCAAAAGCCCCGCCAAUAACAUCAAAGGGCCAGGGAAAACAUCUAGAUGACAUCCCACCAACUCCAUCACCAUCCGCGAUGACGAAAACGUCAACCGAGGCAUUCCCUACAUAUGACGAAUCUCGACGACCUCUGAUUUCCCAUGAGCUCAAUCUUAGCCUACCAGCGAGAACUCCACAAUAUGCUGAAACGAUCCAUAAAACUCCUAAAAGUGAAAACAAACAUCCAUACCUUACGCAAAAUGAACCAAUACGCACUUCGGGACUGUCAAGAUUACCUGUAGCAAGCCAAAGAUCAGCAGAAACAUUCCGUAAAACUCCUGAAUUAAAAAACCAACUUAGUUAUCAUAGAUACGACGAGCUACCAACUUCUAAAUCUCCACAAGGACUCACAACCUCCGGUCUUCCAACAAGAAAACAAAGUUCUGUUGAGAAAUCUCGUGGGAAUUCUGAGUUUGGGAGUCAGGUUCGUGUUCCUAAACGUGAUGAAGGACAUUCGGGGGAAUUUAAAUUUGGGUUAGAAAUUAGAGAUGAGGCGGUUGUGGAAUCGAAAGGGGAAAUGGAAGGGUCGGUGGAUAGGGGUAAUAUUGUUAAUACUCGGAGUUUGUUGAGACGAUUUGAGGGUGAGGAGUAG